UAGUACUCCACAUAUAGAAAGUUAUUAGAAGAAUCUAUGGAUACUCACAAGCAGCUGAAUAUGAACUUUUCUAACACUAAUAUAAAUAAUAAUACUACAGAAUUAGUUGAUGAAGAAGAAGACAUACCUCUUCCAGGGUUUCGAUUUCAUCCGUUGGAUGAAGAACUCGUCGGAUUCUAUCUGCUUCGAAAAGUUGAGAAGAAACCACUUAGUAUCGAACUUAUCAAGGAGAUCGACAUCUACAAAUACGAUCCAUGGGAUCUUCCAAAAGGUAAUAGUAGUGGAGAGAAAGAAUGGUACUUCUUUUGCAGAAGAGGAAGGAAGUAUAGGAACAGCAUAAGACCUAACAGAGUGACUGGAUCGGGUUUCUGGAAAGCUACUGGCAUUGAUCGUCCGAUUUACUCAAGUGACGGAACAGUCUGCAUAGGCCUCAAGAAGUCUCUUGUUUAUUACCGUGGUAGUGCUGGUAAAGGGACCAAAACCGAAUGGAUGAUGCAUGAGUUUCGUCUUCCUCCUCCUCUUUCAGACAAUGAAAACGGCAAACAAAUAGACGAUAAAUCUCUUCAAGACGCUGAAGUUUGGACAUUGUGUAGAAUUCUAAAAAGAUCUCCAAGCUGCAAAAAAACCUUACCCGAAUGGAAAGAAGCGUCUACCAAAAAAUCACAUCAGCCGGUGGUUGAUCAAACAAGUAGCGGAGAUUCUGAUUACGAUAUGCAAAGUUACAUUAGCUUUCAAACUCCUCAAAUCGACGAAAAGAAACCUUUCGUUCAUAAUCAUCAUCACCAACACCAAUACUACCAUGAUCAGACGAAUUACCACUUGAUGAUUCAUCAAGGUCAUCAACAGCUUGCCACGACGUCCUCUGAUCUACCACAAUCUACAUCGGCAUCAUGCUCCAGCUUUUCGGGUCUAGCUGAUGUGAACGAGUUUGUUAAGACUGGAGAAUGGGACGAUUUGAGAUCAGCCGUGGAUCAGUUUUCUGUUGGUGAUCCUUUUUUCUUCAUGUAGUCAUUAAUGCAGGGUUUUAUGCAUAUUAUUGUGCAUGGAAAAUCAUAUAUAUAUAUAUAUAUAUAUAUACAGACUUUGUAUCAACUAGAUAGCUAUACACUGCAACCAUUUCAUGAUGAUAUAUAUUUUUUGGGGUUGUAAAGUAUAACCAAUA